AUGCCUAGAAAGCUGCGAGCGGCCGCACAGGCGGCCGCGCAAUCAAUGAAAAAUGUUCCGCCCCCGCUUGGCGACGGUUCAGACGAAGAGAUGAUUGGAGCCCCUCCGUCGCGUGAGUCGUCUGCACCUGUGGUACCAGACGAAGCAGACGAGGAGGAGGAGGAGGACCAAGAGAACGAAGGAGGAAACGAAGACCAAGGAGAGGCUUCAUCGAAGGCGGAGGACGCCGAUACUUCAGCGCAGCCUACACCAGCGGCGGAAGAAGGGGAAGAAGCAGCAGCGACACCCGCACAGCACUCCAAUCCGCCAUCACGACCCGAUACCCCAACACAUCUCGAAACUGGCCGCAUGUCGGCCAUUCCGCGAAAACGGCGCAUCGGCCGUCCGCCCAAGAAUCGUCCUCCAGACUGGGACGCGCCGGCUGACGGACAGCAAAUUCAAGUCAGCACCCCGAUCAAGAGGAGACGCGGCCGGCCUGCCGCGAGCGGGGGGAGAUGGGGCCGCGGCCGUGGACCGUCUCAUGUCACGCAAGUGCCAAUUGACAAGGAAGGGAAUAUGAUGGAUGUCAUUGAUGAUGAGGUAGCGGUUCCUGGCGAUCCGGAGGGGGACACCAAGGUCGAUAAGAACGGUAUUCUGCAGGGCGAUCGAGAGUACAGGGUUCGGACGUUCACGAUUCUCAACCGUGGUGAGCGACAGUACAUGUUGUCUACGGAACCGGCAAGAUGUAUUGGUUUUAGGGACUCGUAUCUGUUCUUUCAGAAACACAAGCUGCUCUACAAGAUCAUCAUCGAUGAUGAUGCGAAACGCGAUUUGAUCGAGAGAGAUAUUAUCCCCCAUUCUUACAAGGGUCGCGCCAUCGGUGUGGUGACUGCCCGCUCUGUGUUCCGCGAGUUUGGUGCAAAGAUUAUUGUCGGCGGAAAGAAAGUCAUUGAUGAUUACAACGCCCAGGCUGCCAGAGAGCGUGGAGACGUGGAGGGUGAGCUUGCUGUACCAGAGGACAAGCUUCCGCCGCCGGGUGAGCCAUACAACAAGAACCAAUAUGUAGCAUGGCACGGCGCCAGUAGCGUUUACCACACCAGCACGCCCACUAUUCCCAUACCUGGUACUGGCAAGGUGGUUGAUUCUAAGAAGCGAAAAGUCACCGUUACAGGAGAUAACUGGAUGUUGGAACACGCCCGCGAAGCCGCCAACUUCAAUGCCGUCCUAUCUCAUACACGCCAGCAGAACCUCGGGGGCGUCUACGACAUUCACACAAAUAUCAUACAAUACCCUAAGAUCAUGCAACCUACGCACGCUCGCUGGGAGCGAAUACCCCCUGCUGAUCACCGAGGCGCAAAUAAACUCACAAAAGAUAUGUCGACCCUUACCUUGUCGAACGGCGUGAUCGGUGAAGAGAAUAUUCAACCAGAGAUAGAACAUCAGGACAACCAGCCGGACGGAGAGACGCCUACUAUCUUCUCCACUAUCCCUUCUACGCUUUCGCGUCGGUUUGCUGUCCUUGACGUUCAUACGGAGAGCUCGCCAUAUUCCAACAUGGGUAUACCUGGUCCCGACGGCGAUGUCCAUGAUCUGGGCUCAAACGGCUUAAUCAGCGUCGCAAACCCCAAGCAUCCCGAAUUUGUGAACCCCGAGAUCCUUGAUGAGUUGCCACUUGAGUGCAAGGAAGCUCUCGUCGAAGCCGCGUCCCAGGAAUGGGAGUGGAAGUCGAGGUGGUGCAGCGAGGUGGACGAUGGGGCGAGGGUUGCGCCGCGUAAGAGCUAUGCGUGGUUUCCCUGA